AUGCGGCUUUUAACUACAGACGAAUGUGCAGGUGCUCUUCUCGUGCGGAGUUUUGCUGUCACGACAGACUCCACCAAUACAAAUCUGGACUCGUAUUACAAGCAGUAUUAUCUGGCCCUCGGAGCUGCUUCCGCUGCUCUGAAAUGUGUCCAGAAUCUUGAAAUCAUAGCGCCUCUGUGGUGUUCUCCGAGUACGUCCUCCGCCAAGGCAAAGAAGGGAAGUCUCUUUGGCAUCUUGAAUAACACAAAGACAGUUUGCGGGAGUCGACUGCUGAAAGCAAAUCUGCUUCAGCCACUGAAGGACAUCGAGACCAUAAACACGAGACUUGACUGUCUGGACAACCUCGUGGACGAUGAGAACCUCUUCUUCAGUAUCCAGCAAGUAAUGUCUAAAGUACCAAAAGACAUAGAUCGCGUCUUUUCGCAGUUUGCCUAUAAACUGAAAAAGUCGAUGAACAUGGAAAGCAGUGGAGCCACCACGAUGCGACGCAAUCAGCAACUGGUCGCUGGAAUCAUCCUUCUCAAGGAGGCUCUUGCGUUGAUACCAAGCCUCGCCGAGGUUCUCUCUCAGGCGAGCUGCUCACUUCUCGAGAACAUCAGGGACUCUGUUUGCCUCCAUCCGAAAGUGAAGGAGCUUCAAGAUAGUAUCGACGACAUCAUCGAUGAGGAUGUCUUGCACUCCCGCCAAGCUUUCGUGGCCCGCACGCAGCAGUGCUUUGCGGUGAAAGCGGGUUUGGACGGCUUUUUGGACGUAGCGAGAAAGGCUUUCUGUGAAACCACUGAAGAUAUGCACGAGCUGGCAAAGCGAUACCGAGAGGAGUAUGAUCUCCCGAACUUGAAGCUGCCGUACAACGGGAAACAGGGCUUCUACAUCAGUAUCCCUGCGAAGGACGUGGAGACCGAGCCUUUGCCAAGGAUCUUCAUUCAGGUUACGAAGCACGGGAAGAACAUCUUCUGCUCCACGCAGGAGCUUGUAGCUUUGAACGUUCGAAACAAAGAAGCUGCUGCCGACUGCUAUUCGAGAACGGAGAGGGCUCUUGAAGGGCUGUGCCAGACCAUCCGUGAGAACAUCCAGUUGCUCAUGCUCCUCUCGGAGUCUGUGGCUAUGCUGGACAUGCUGGUCAACUCCUUCGCGCACAUCGUCUCGACGAGCGCGCCGGAGACCUACCACCGACCAGAGUUCACAGAGGAUGGGCCCAUCGCUAUCGAUGCCGGCCGCCAUCCGAUCGUCGAGGGCCUACAUUCUGACACGCCUUUUGUUGCAAACAGCACCUUUCUCUCGGAGGCUUCUAACAUGAUGAUCGUAACAGGGCCCAACAUGAGCGGCAAGAGCACUUACCUCAAGCAGGUCAGCCUGAUCGCGGUCAUGGCACAUGUUGGCUGCUACGUUCCCGCGCGAUACGCGUCUUUCCGUGUGGUAGACAAGCUGUUUACCAGGAUUGGCGCUGGAGACAAUCUGGAGAGCAACUCGAGCACCUUUAUGACUGAGAUGCGCGAGACGGCCUUUCUCAUGCAGAACAUGACUUCCAGGAGCCUCAUCGUGAUAGACGAGCUGGGGAGGGCUACGUCCAGCACCGACGGUCUUGCAAUAGCGUGGGCAUGUAGCGAGGCGUUGCUAGCAACAAAGGGGUACGUUGUCUUCGCUACCCACAUGUCGCGCCUGGCCGAGCUCUCGAGCAUCUACCCGAACGUGAAGGUGUGCUUCCUUUCCGUCGCGGUCGACAACAACCGGCUCGACUUCCAGUACAACCUCCGGGAAGGCUACACGGACGUGCCGCACUACGGGGUGCUUCUGGCGGAAGUUGCGGGCAUGCCGUCGGAGGUCAUUCAGGACGCGAGAAGGAUCGCGCAGAAGCUCGAUGACCAGGAAACAAAACGGCUUGAUUCCGGGUAUUCCGCUUACCUCAAUCUCCGGAAGGACUACUACGUUGCGCAGCGGCUGCUUUGCUUGCGUUACGCAAACUUAGAGGAAGAGUCGAUGAGGGAGUACUUGCAGAAUCUCAAGGACCAGUAUCUCGAUGGGCAGAUUGGAUGA